AUGACGGAUGUGCAGCGGUCUCAGUCAGCUACUAGCAACCCAGUGCUUUCCGAUGACCCAGCACCUGUCUUCAAUCUCGAAGAGAUCAGCAAAAUCUACUCUCCAUUGAUAGAUGGCGCAAUUCGUUUGCUUCAUAUUUAUCCAUCUGGAGAUGAAACUUUGGGCGUGGAAGCUGACUUGGUACACUUUCCACUACUGUCUGCUCGAUUGAAGAACUACAAAGCCUUGUCUUACACAUGGGGGGUAGAGAAGGCUUCGGUAUCUAUUGCCAUAAAUGGUGCGUCCAUGUUGAUUAGCCCAAACCUUGACAAGAUACUGCGGGAAAUAAGGGCUCUUGAAUAUGAAUAUGUAUGGGUUGAUGCUAUUUGCACAAAUCAGCAAGACGACAUAGAACGCAGUGCCCAGGUCAUCCGCAUGCGAGCCAUUUACUCUGGAGCACAAUCAAUAAUUGUCGCUACUGAAACUGGAGCUACGACCGCUGCAGACCGGAUCAAUCAAAUACUUGAUUCCAUUGAAACAGCAUCAUAUCCGACCGACCCCGCUACCAGUUUUGCCGAUAUACUUAACGACGAACUGGCUCUGUCGGCGCUUGAAGCAUUCUUUAAAGACCCUUACUGGACAAGGAUCUGGAUCUUACAAGAGUUUGCGAUUGGAUAUAACAUAGAAUUCCUCAUCGGGAAUCGUACGAUUGCGGCCACCAAGUUGCGGACAUUACUCGAGAAGCUGAACGCGCAAAGUUCCGUUAAGGAUCGGUGGAAACAAGUCAACACUGUGUUCAAAAUCCGAACGGAUUGGCAGCAAGAGGUUUCGCUGAAACUUUUACUACUUCUUGAGAUCACCCAGGGGUCAUUGUGUGGUGUCAGACAUGAUCGUAUCUUUGGCCUACUUGGACUUUCGGUCGAUGCAUUGAAGUACUUGCCCGAGCCAAAUUAUAAAAUCGACCUGAACACAAUGACAGUCGCAAUCACACGCGCCUACAUCCAGAGAAACACGUUAGAGAUCAUCCUCUUAGCCCCACAUUGCCCUCACACUGAUUUACCAACCUGGUCUCCAAACCUGUUCCAUUUCGAUUCCUUCCCUCCUGAAAGCCGACUAAUCCGCAUGAUAUCGAACAUCGAUUCCAAAUCCCGGUGGCGAGCGACAAGUGAAGCGGAGUCAAGUAUGACCUUCCAUGGCCAGAGUCUGCUGACGCCUGCCGUUCGGAUUGGAUCCAUACGCAGUCUUGGAACAACAAUUUCCGACCCUACGGAAAUAGGAUUUCCAGUCCACGACGCUACCUGGGCUAGAAAGAUAAGUUCCUCUCAUCUCUGUAGAGAGUUCUACGAAGCAAUGCUUGAAGAACUUUACACGCCAAACCCCAAACCAUCUUCCUACAGGGCAUCUCACUUGCGCCUUUGUGCAAUACAUGGGCACAGCUUUGUCAAGGUUUUCAUCCCCAGCCAUGGGUCUCCAGAUCCAAAGAUGCUCUACAGCGAGUUGGUGAGAUGGAUCUGUGGGAAAAGAGCCUUUUUCACCGGCGCAAGCACAUUGGCGGAGAGUGCGACGCGGCUUAGACAUCGCUUCCUGAUGUACGGAUGGAAUGCUUGGAGUAUGACUUACUGGGAUGUCGGACUUUGGGAAAGAAUGGACAAGAUGGCAAGACUUGACAUGCGCUUGAUGUGCUUGGAUGGCAGCCCAGAGUACCAGAUCGGUUGGGCGGCGAAAGGAGCGCGACUGCACGAUGAAGUUUUUCUUAUUCCUGGUUGCAGCAGUCCUGCUAUUCUGCGCAAGCAGCCUGACGCAAAGUAUGAGGUUGUAGGUGACGCUAUCGUCACAGGAGCUAUGCAAGGAGAGCUUUGGGAGAAGUUGCGUUCAGAACACGUUCGGAACAUCGAGAUUGUGUAG